CUCAAUUUAUAGCCUCUGAUUCUUAGUGGCUCUGCCGAUGACAUUUUGUUAAAAAAUUUGAAGUUAAAGAAAAGAAAUUUUUUUGUACACCUUCGAGUUCCUCCACCAGCAUUCUCAAUUUCGCAUUUCAUUUUUCAAUUAGGCAGGCGCCAAAAAAGAAAAGGAAAGCUCCAGUUCAAUAUCUGAAUUCGGAGAUAAAGAGAAGAUCUGAAGAUGAGUGGGGCGAAACUGUGCGCAUUGCUUUCCGAAUUGGGGUACCAAGGGGCUGACAAAUUAGACCGCGACAGCUUCGAAUGGCCCUUCCAGUAUGAUGACGCCCGCCCUAUCCUCGACUGGAUCUGCUCCUCCCUCCGUCCCUCCAACGUCCUCUCCCUCUCCGACCUCUCCCAGUAUGAGCAGUUUGUACAAGAAGGAAAGCUAUUGGAGGGGGAAGACUUGGACUUCGCUUAUGAUAGCAUUUCUGCCUUCUCUUCAAGAAGAGAUGACCAGGAGGCGGUUUUUGGAGCUGAAGAAGGACUUAAGGACAUUAGGGAUGCAACUCUAGCAUAUAAAGCUGAAGCUUUGGAGCUGCAGAGACAGCUUAGUCAUUUACAGUCCCAAUUUGAUAUGCUGACAGGACAAGCUUCAGCUUUGAUCCAAGGGAGACGUUCACGGGUUGCUGCAACAUCUACUGUCAAUGGACAGCUGUCAACCAUGAAUGACAGCCUGUCAGCUAGAAAUUUGCAGAUGAAUGCAGUUCUUGAACGGAUAGCAUCUACUACACAAGAGCUGGCGAAUUAUCAUUCUGGAGAUGUGGAUGGCAUUUACUUAGCUUACUCUGACUUUCAUCCAUACUUGUUUGGAGAUUCAACUUGUUUAAAGGAGCUAAAUCAAUGGUUUGCUAAGCAACUGGACACGGGUCCUUAUCGGUUAGUUGCUGAGGAGGGAAAAUCUAAAUGUUCAUGGUUGAGCCUUGAUGACAUUUCAAAUAUCUUAGUAAGAGAUUUAGAAAAAUCCCAUCAUCAACGUGUAUCUGAACUACAGCGGCUUCGCUCGAUAUUUGGAACAAGUGAAAGACAAUGGGUAGAAGCCCAGGUUGAGAAUGCCAAGCAGCAAGCAAUUCUUUUGACACUGAAAUCUCAAAUAACAUCUGAUGAAGCUCAUAUUCAUCUUGAUCUUCAUUCUCUCAGGAGAAAGCAUGCUGAAUUAGUGGGAGAACUAUCAAGCCUUUAUCCAAAAGAACAGAAGUUAUUAUCUGAGACAAUUCCUGAUCUUUGCUGGGAACUGGCACAGCUUCAGGAUACAUAUAUUUUGCAAGGUGACUAUGAUUUAAAGGUUAUGCGCCAAGAAUUCUACAUCAGCAGACAAAAAGCAUUCAUUAGUCAUCUAAUCAAUCAUCUUGCAAGGCAUCAGUUCUUAAAAAUAGCUUGCCAAUUGGAAAAGAAGAAUAUGCUUGGAGCAUUUGCAUUGCUUAAAGUUAUCGAGUCAGAGGUUCAGGGGUACCUGUCAGCAACAAAAGGACGAGUGGAUCAGUGCAUGGCUUUAAUCCAAGCUGCAUCAGAUGUACAAGAGCAAGGAGCGGUAGAUGAUCGAGACACAUUUCUGCAUGGUGUCAGAGACCUUUUAAGUAUCCAUUCAAAUGCUCAGGCUGGGCUACCAUCAUAUGUAUCAGUACCUGGCAUUGUCCAGCAAAUAUCAGGACUUCAUUCUGACUUGAAGGCCCUUCAGUCUGAUCUUGAGAACUCACUUUUAGAGGAGAGAAAUAGAUGCAUCAAUGAGCUGUGCACCCUGAUUCAAAGUCUGCAGCAAUUAUUAUUUGCAUCUUCAACAACUGCACAACCAAUACUGACACCUCGGCCUUUAAUGAAAGAACUUGACGAAAUGGAAAAGAUAAAUGCAAAACUCUCUGCUGCAGUGGAAGAGGUUACGCUUGAGCAUUGCAAGAAAAAUGAGGUCGGGCUUCAAAGGCGGGUUUUUGUAUACUUCUUUUCUAAUCCUGAACUCCUGAGGAAUCAAGUUAGGGAAUUAACAGCUCGUGUUAGGGCAUUACAAGUUUCAUGAUACCAUACCAUGUUACUGGAUUUCCCCCGCCUUUUCCAUUCACAGCAUCUCUGUAUGUAUCUAAAGCAACAUUUCUCUGUUGUAAAAAAUCCCAACUUUUAGAGUGUUAUGAUCCCUCACUGCCAAGGCUAUAUGGAAUUGAAACGGUAGGCAAUUUGAAUUGUUCUCUCUUCAUCUAUUGGAACAAUUUAGUGGAAAGUAAGGGAAAUUCAGUACUGUUUUUUUCACCAUUAUACUGAUAACUCCAAGGUUUUA